AAUAAAAUAAGAAUCUGAAGGUAGAGAGGAGAAAAAGUGCUUUUUUGAUAACUAGAAGAAGAAGUGCCUUUGGUUCAGUGAAAAAAGCUGAGAGACAUGGCGACACUCGAUUCCGACGUUCCAAUGGUUCCCGCCGGCGAGAGCUCCUGCUGCUCUCACGGUGCCUCUUCUUCAUCCAAGAAGCCUAAGCGAUUCGAGAUCAAGAAGUGGAAUGCCGUUUCUCUUUGGGCUUGGGAUAUUGUUGUUGAUAAUUGCGCUAUCUGCAGGAAUCAUAUCAUGGAUCUCUGCAUUGAGUGUCAGGCAAACCAGGCUAGUGCUACCAGCGAGGAAUGCACAGUUGCUUGGGGGGUUUGUAACCAUGCUUUUCACUUCCAUUGCAUAAGUCGAUGGUUGAAGACUCGUCAAGUUUGUCCACUAGAUAACAGUGAGUGGGAGUUUCAGAAAUAUGGUCACUAGAACUUUGAUGCAGCUGAGAUACUGCCUACUUGGACAUUUGGACUAUCUAUCUUUUAUUUUGGAACAUUUAUAGCUCUAUCUGCACUGUCCUUUGCUUGUCUACUUGAGUUUUUAACAGUAUUUAAAGAUGUAACUCAUAACUCGUUAAAUGAAUUGUAACACAGCUUUGGCUAGCAUGGGAAAGUCAUCACCUUUAGAUUAUAAAGGUCUACCAUAGACUACAGUAAAUGUUCACCCCAUAUUCUACUCUCUUAUACUAAAAUUAUCUUUUAAUUUAUAUAUUAUUAUUAAAUUAA